ACCAUGACACCAAAGAACAACACUCAAAAUGGCGACACGAUAGAAAAGUUGAUGCUGUUUUGUCUGUUUUUAUAUCCCCCCUUUAUCUUUUCCAUGUAGUUGUUUUUAAUAAUACCAAGUCACUGACAUAAGGAAAUACGUGUUUUUUUUGUUGUGUUUUUUUUUUGACAACGCAAGAAUUUAAUGUUAUCGAAGUUACAAACUGUUGUUAUUCCACACAUUUUAUGAGCACAGAAGGCCCACUAGACGAAUUGGCUAGCUAUGCUAACUUUUACUUUGGGUGGAAAUGUCAAAGAUUGUCAGUUGGCUCUAGAUGCCUUUAUAGAGUUGUUGAAUAAAUCAUCUGUUGAAGUGAGCAUGAAGAGGAUCUACACAUAGAGAUGGAAGAGGAUGUGAAAAAAGUGAAAAAGCCAGGUAUUGUGUCUCCCUUCAAGCGCGUGUUUCUGAAGGGAGAAAAGGGUAGAGAUAAAAAGGCUCAGGAGAAGACUACAGAACGCCGUGCCCUCCACACCUUCUCUCUCUCCCUCCCCGACCACCGCAUCGACCCUGACAUCCUGCUCAAUGACUACGUAGAGAAGGAAGUCAAGUACUUGGGCCAGCUGACGUCAGUACCAGGGUACCUGAACCCCUCCAGUCGAACGGAGGUGUUACAGCUCAUUGACAAUGCCAGGAAGUCCCACCAGUUGGCGGGUCAGCUUACUACGGAGCAGGAUGCAGUGGUCAGUCUGUCGGCCUAUAAUGUGAAGCUGGUGUGGCGGGAUGGAGAGGAUAUCAUACUGCGUGUUCCCAUCCACGACAUCGCUGCCGUGUCAUACAUACGAGACGACUCACUACACCUGGUGGUGCUCAAGACAGCCCAGGAGGCAGGUGUGUCCCCAUGCCCCAGUACCUGUCCUGACCUGUCUAAGUCCCAGACCCUCAGCUCUCUGUCUGAGAGCGGGGCUGUACUGGUAGAGGUCUGCUGUCUGCUAGUGCUGGCUGUAGACAACAAGGCAGCAGCAGAGGAGCUGUGUCUCCUACUCAGCCAGGUGUUCCAGAUAGUUUAUACUGAGUCCACUAUAGACUUCCUGGACAGAGCCAUCUUUGACGGAGCCACUACCCCCACCAGACACCUCUCUCUCUACAGUGAUGACUCUUCAAGCAAGGUGGACCUUAAGGAAUCAUUCGAAGCAGAGGCCAGCACCUUUUCUUUCCAGGGGUCUCUAGAGGCAGGGGGCGACUCUCCGUCCCCCACCUCCACCCCAGCCUCCCCUCAGACCAAGACAGCCAGCGAAGGAGAGCUGAGCACCACCGCCACAGAGCUGCUACAAGACUACAUGACCACGUUGCGUACCAAGUUGUCGUCUCAGGAGAUCCAGCAGUUUGCUACUCUUCUUCAUGAGUACCGUAACGGAGCGUCCGUCCAUGAGUUCUGUAUAAACCUUCGCCAGCUCUACGGGGACAGCAGGAAGUUCCUCCUACUGGGUCUGAGGCCGUUCAUCCCAGAGAAGGACAGCCAACACUUUGAGAACUUCCUGGAGACCAUCGGUGUUAAGGACGGCCGUGGCAUCAUCACUGACAGCUUCGGACGCUACCGCCGCACCGCCAGCUCCGCCUCGGACUCAACCACCAAUGGGAACGGGGCGGCGGGAGGGGACGGGGCUGGGUCUGAGGAGGGGCUGGUGCCCUCCGAAGGAGACGAGUGGGACCGCAUGAUCUCUGAUAUCAGUAAUGAUAUAGAGGCUCUGGGCGUUAGUAUGGACCAAGAAGGGGUCACACCCUAGCCUCUAACCCCUUGCCUCGAGUCUGGGAGAGAGGGUGAUGCCCUACCCCCCCCCCAGACCCUACUCCCUACCAUCGAGACUGUGCUGCAGUAUGGACCAAGAGGGGUCACACUCUAGACCCUAACCCCUUCUCCCUAUGCCCUAACUCAUUCCCCCCUAGUCCCUACUCGUCCUGAACCAACAGAGAGGACGAUCCAGCCAGCCCAGAUCCAACCCCUUGAUGAUGACAUGCUGUGCAUUGUGGCCAAUCAGCUUUCAGUGUGAGCCAGCGUGGCCAAUCAGCUUUCAGUAUGAGCCAGUGGACCAAUCCGCUCGGCCGUUCAAAGAAAACGUUAUUGACCCAUUCGUAUUGGUUUUUACUAACUGAGUGAAUGGCAGCUUUUUAAGUCUCUUUUUUGUUUUUAUCGUUAUUGGCAGUAUCUGCCAUCAGUGACAAGGAUGAAGCUGAGUCACCCCCCUGAGGGCAGCCAUAACGAAUACCCACAAUGCUCUGGUGUCUCGCUUCACAAUGGGUGCGUUUGACAUUUGCAGCCGACUUUAAAGGCGAGUCGAGGCCGACUGAUCUACAAAUCACCUUUUAGGUCAUUUAAAAAUUACCUCAAUGUUAUAUGUAGGUCAAGUCAGUCGCAAUUUUUCCCUUCAUACAACACGCUUUUGAUGCUCUGGAACACGGCCAAUCAGAGUCUGUGGGUGCGCUGUACAGGAAAUAAAGGGGUGCCAUUUGAGACGUGCACCUGAAGAUGUGCCUGGACACAGAAUAUUGAAUAUUUUAUAAUGACUUAGGUUCAUGUUUGUAGUAGUUAGCCUGUAUUUCUAACUAAUAUGUGUUCUUUAAGGUUAAUCAUUAACCUUCUACAGUCUCAGCCCUGUUUAAGACUGGGGGCCAGGUGGGGUUCUACUCAGCUAACGUGUGGAAUUGUUUUAAGAAGGUCAUACCAAAUGACAUUUAGCUUAUUUGAUUUUCUGAAUUUUAAGAUCCCUUGAAAGUAUAAAGAAAAAUAUAUAAAAAGUAUUUGAUGAAACAGUGAAUUUGGCCUUACUGCUGUUAGCCACAAACAAACACAUUGAAUAACAGAUUCACUACAUGGAACGACAGAUAGUAUAAAAAUAAAAAAAUCUAAAGGAAGUCUGUUUGAUAUCUGCGAGAUAUAAGAAAGAUCAGGAACCUUUUUUAAUUUCAAUUUUAUUACAUGUUUUUGACACCUUAUUUUUGGCACUAAACUGUCUCCAUAUAUACUUCCAUUCAUUUUUUAUAAAACUGGUACCAGGGGACGUUCAGACGAGUCUUGUGAGGCAAAACAACCGACAUGUACGUGUUCAGACGAGGCUUGUAGGGGGGGUCGUAGAGCAAAACGGAUUUGGAAGUGCGACGUCGACGGAUGUUUAGGAUUAAGAUGCAUCCAAUGUAAGGAAACAGAAAUCUCUAGUUUAAACUGAAGGAUGUUGAUGAGGAUUUUUUUUGUAUUAUGCUGAUAUGAUUUCGGCGGGCUGCGGAAAUCCACUCUGGGACGGGUUAACUUAAUCCACCAAGUAUUUUCUCCUACUCUGCAUAUUUACUGCUUUCCUUUUUUUUUAUAUAUAUAUAUAUAUAUAUAUGUUCCAAAUGCACCCUAUUCCUUAUUUAGUGCACUACUUUUGACCAGAGCUUUAUGGGCACUCGUCAAAAGUAGUGCACUAAAUAGGAAGUAGAGUGCUCUCUGGUGUUCGGGACUUUGUUUUAUUUACUUGUAUUAUUUUGUUGUGGAUUUAUGUUUUACACUUAGCCUAGCAUUUAGCCUGAGCCUUAGCCUAGCAGUUAGCCUUAGCCUAGCGUUUUCUAUUAACGUUUACUUUUGUCUUAUCUCAGUCAACGACAACUGUUGAUAAAAUGUGACUUUGUAUUGUAAAACUGAACUCCCAUUCAGAAUAUCUGGAUGGAGAACAUAUCUGACAAAGCCAGUUACUGGCUGAUUUGACAAUUCCAUACCCAAUCUCUUCUCAUAGCGCAGACAGACCAAAUUAACCUUAUAUUCAGCCAUGCACAGUAGAUCACCUGCUGGGCGUUGAAAAAAGGUGACGAUUCAACAUGUAGAAUCGUCUGGAAAAUGAAAUGGCGUCCGUCGAUCAUUGUGGUGUUUCUCCUCUCUGACCUUCUUCCCCGAUCACCAGUCAUUGUGUCUUCAGAUCUAAGUGGCACUAAAGUAGUAUACUAUAUACCAACCCCUAUGGGCCCUGGUCUAAAGUAGUAUACUAUAUACCAACCCCUAUGGGCCCUGGUCUAAAGUAGUAUACUAUAUACCAACCCCUAUGGGCCCUGGUCUAAAGUAGUAUACUAUAUACCAACCCCUAUGGGCCCUGGUCUAAAGUAGUAUACUAUAUACCAACCCCUAAGGGUCCUGGUCUAAAGUAGUAUACUAUAUACCAACCCCUAUGGGUCCUGGUCUAAAGUAGUAUACUAUAUACCAACCCCUAUGGGUCCUGGUCUAAAGUAGUAUACUAUAUACCAGAGGUGCACAGUUAGAAUUCAAAGAGGUCCAGUGGCUAACGUUUUUUUCCCCCCUAAAGGUCCAAACCAUUAAAAUGUCUAACGUGCGCUAUGAUUUGGGGUCAUAUGUAGCUCUUGUAUAUGUAUAGCUAAUAAACAAAGUACUGCAUUUCAA